AUGGCCGGGAAGCCCGUGCUUCACUACUUCAAUGCCCGGGGCAAAAUGGAAUGCAUCAGGUGGCUGCUGGCUGCAGCAGGGGUGGAGUUUGAAGAGAAGUUUAUAGAAAGUUCAGAAGAUUUGGAAAAGUUAAGAAAAGAUGGGAACCUGAUGUUUGAGCAAGUGCCCCUGGUGGAGAUUGACGGGAUGAUGCUGGUGCAGACCAGAGCCAUUCUCAAUUACAUCGCCACCAAAUACGACCUCUACGGCAAGGACGCGAAGGAGAGAGCCCUGAUUGACAUGUAUACAGAAGGUAUUGUAGAUCUGAGUGACAUGAUCAUGCAACUGAUACUAUGUCCCCCAGACCAAAAAGAAGCCAAGAUUUCCUUGAUAAAAGACAGGACCAAAAACCGGUACUUGCCUGCCUUUGAAAAAGUAUUGAAGAGUCACGGACAAGACCACCUUGUUGGCAACAGGCUGACCAGGGUGGACAUUCACCUGCUGGAACUUCUCCUCUAUAUUGAAGAGUUUGACUCCAGCCUUCUGGCCCCUUUCCCCCUGCUGAAGGCCCUGAAGAGCAGACUCAGCAGCCUGCCCAAUGUGAAGAAGUUCCUACAGCCUGGCAGCCAGAGAAAGCCUCCCACAGAUGAGAAAACAAUUGAAAAGGCAAAGAAGGUUUUCAAUAUUAAGUAA